AUGGCUAACGAGGACAAACCGACGAAGAGGAAGGCGGUGAGGAGGAUUGUCGCGCACACCAUCAUUGCCGUUGAUUCUCGGUUGGAUACUGCGGUGGGGGAGACGGAUGGUGAUCAUCCCGAACGACCCCGAUACCCCAACCCUCACACCACUCUCAGUAAUCCACUCGACGAGCUACUGCAAUCGCACCGCAACCAUCACCUACACGACACCUUGGUACCCCUCUUUGUCGAAAACGAUUACACCUGCGAUUUCCCGUCGCGCAGCAGGUCCGUCGGCACCGACGAUGAUUCGCAGAAACCCCUCGCCGUUCCCGCGCCCUACUCCCACAUCGCCGGAAAACGAGGCGCAGACGGAAUGGUAGUCUCCCGUGAGGCUGUCGGACCGGCCGAAGAAUCCUUCCAGCGGUUGCUGCAGGCGGAACAGAAGAUCACCGUCGCUAGCCAUGGCUGUGACCUCCUGCCGUCUUCCGCGCUCCUCGACUGGGAUUAUUCUACCGGACUGUUCUGGAAGAUACGGGAGUUAACAAACUAAUCGUGUAUUUUGCCCGGCGAGGUGAAGGAGUUUAAGGAUAUUCCGUUCGAGGAGGAUGAAAACAUGGUGGAUUGGAGGUUCGUGGUCGCUAACAGAGGAGACGAGAAGCGGUGUGAGUGGUGGCAGGAGAUUGCGAAUGUCGCCGAGGCGCUGCAUUACGUUAGUAUGUUCACUGGGAUAUGGCUCGGCUAUCCCGUGCCUACUACUCAUCUUGAAGCCGUUGAUUGGGGUGCUGAGAAGGGAGAGGGGCUGAGGUGGUGUAUGAGGUACUCGGAGAGAGGAUGGGGAGAGGAUCUCUUCGACGAGCAUUGCUUGGGGGCUUAAGACGAUACUACGGCUGCUAUGAGAUACAAGAGAGUGAGAUGUUUUGCGAUGUGAUCAUGCUGGUAGA